AUGGCUACUCUUGACAAUAGAGAAACUGCCCCGGUACCUCAUCUACAGAGCAACGUCCCCCUCCUCCCAGAAAUCUGGGUCGAAAUCUUCAAAAUCAUUGUCGACUCUAGCACAGACUCUACCCGAACUACAUUCACGGGCCGAAAACAUAACCCACUCUUGAUCUUGACGUGGGUCUGCUCAGAUUGGCGCAAAUUGGCAGUAUCCACCCCUUCUCUGUGGUCGAAGCCGCAAAUACAGAUCAAUCGCACCAGCUUGAAAUCGGCGAAACACAAGGAAUCGUAUGCCAAGUUGGUCGAUCUUUGGAUCGAUCGCUCUCAGCAGUGCCCUCUCGCGAUUUUCUUGGUCGACUUACAGGGGAACCGGCGGGGGCGACGUGCGCCAAGCAACGUACAUUUCUUGCCCUGGUCCAUCCCAGAGCCCAUCGUAAAAGAGUGCCGUCGUUGGGAGACGCUAUAUCUCAAGACAAGCCAGGAUAGCGGAGACUACUUGUGGCGAUUUAUACCUUUCAAGAACAGUCUAAUCAACCUCAAAUCUAUCAAAAUACAAGUCAAGCCAAGAACAAUUGUCGAUGGAGGGCCACUCAUUGUCGAAGAACAACCGCAGCUAACGUUCAUCGAAGGGGCGACGAAAUUGUGCGCCGUUCAUCUAUCAGUGCCAGAGCUAUUCUUUGGAUCGUCCCUCCCUUUCGCUGAUCUUACGACCCUCGAUCUUGUUGUAGAUCAGAAGCACCGCUUCGUGUUCCCCCUCCCAAUCUUUCAAUGUCUGAGGGCGUUGAUUAUGUGCCCAAAGCUCUUACAUGCGGCCUUCAACUGUGGCCCAGCCCCUGCAGGGGAAGUUAUUCCGCACAUGGCACCUAUUUAUCAUCCAAACCUGACCGAACUCCAUAUCUUCGAGACCCACACACGACCAGAAAUGCCAGGCACGAGGACCUUCCUUGAAAAGCUCACCGUCCCCUACCUCACCAGCCUUUUGGUAACAUCCGAUCGCAACCCCCCAGAUGGAGAACCAUCGAGAUGGGACCAUGAAUCUAUGCAUGAUUUCUUGUCGCGCUCGCCCGGGUUGGAGUUACUUAGUCUUCGAUUCCCAAACGUCGAUCAGGUGAACGUGGGCGAGGCACUCAAAUAUCUGCACUGCUUGUCCAACCUCCGCCACUUCACCCUGUCGAUAUUUCACGAUCCACAAACACCCGUCGAACAUGACGUGCUUAUGUCCUUUUUCAUGAAGGACGAUCGCUGGCCGCUGGGUUACAUUAGCCGAGUCCACUACUGGGUCAACACACCUCAGAAAAUCCUCAAUAUCACCACCGACUCUCUCAUCAAACAAGAUAAAUACAAAAGCGGAAUCCUUGUUGUGCCGGAGCUGUAA